AUGGCACAAGAAUCAAGUGAUGAUAUAUACCCAUUGGCCUUAUUAAUGGAUGAACUGAAACAUGAUGAUGUUGCUAAUCGUGUUUCUGCUAUGCAAAAAUUAGAUACAAUUGCAUUAGCUUUAGGUCCUGAAAGAACAAGAGAUGAAUUGAUCCCUUUCUUAAAUGAAGCUGCCCAAGAUGAUGAAGAAGAAGUUUAUGCUACUUUAGCUGAACAAUUGGGUGAUUUUGUUCCAUUUGUUGGUGGUUCUGAAUAUGCAACUAUUUUAUUACCUGUUUUAGAAAUUUUAGCUUCAACUGAUGAACCAAUUGUUUCUGAAAAAGCUGUUGGUUCUUUAAAUAAGGUUGCUCAAGAGUUUUCAAUUGAUCAAAUUAAAAAUUCAUUUUUACCUUUAAUUGAAAAUUUAUCUGAUGCAAAUUGGUUUUCAAGAAAAGUUGCUGCAUGUGGAUUAUUUGAAAGUAUUAUAACAAGAGUUAAUGAUGAUAUUAGAUAUGAUUUAUUAAACAUUUACCUCAAAUUAACUCAAGAUGAAACUCCAAUGGUUAGAAGACCUGCUGCAAGUCAUUUACCAAAAAUUAUUAAUUUAUUAAAUAAUUCAAAAGAUGUUAAAGUUAAUGAAAAAGAUUGGGAAAUUUUAAGUGAAUGUUUCCAAAAUUUAUCAAAUGAUAAUCAAGAUUCUGUUAAAUUAUUGUCAAUUGAUAUCUUGAUUGAAAUUUCAAAAUAUUUCCAUGAUCGUAAAGAUAAUUCUCAUAAUCAAGAAUUAUUGAAAAGUUCUUUAAAAUUAAUACAAGAUAAUAGUUGGAGAGUUCGUUAUAUGGCUGCUGAUAGAUUUACUUCAAUUGCAAUCAAUUUUGAAGAUGAUCAAAAUAAUAUUGAUGAAUUAAUCGAACCUUUUUCAAAAUUAUUAAUUGAUAAUGAAGGUGAAGUUAGAAAAGCAAUUGCUAAACAAUUACCAGGUUUUGGUAAAUUAAUUAGUAAAGAUGUAUUAUUAGAAAAAAUUAUACCUCAAGUUGAAGAAUUAAGUAAUGAUCCUUCAGAAUUUGUUAGAAGUUCUUUAGCAAGUGAAAUUACCGGAUUAACUCCUUUAUUACCAAAAGAAGUUGUUAUUAAAAAUUUAUUACCAAUUUUCUUAACAAUGUUAAAAGAUGAAUAUCCAGAAGUUAAAUUAAAUAUUAUUAGUAAAUUGAAAAUUGUUAAUGAAGUUAUUGGAAUUGACUUAUUAGCUCAAUCUUUAUUACCUGCAAUUUCUGAAUUAGCAAAAGAUAAACAAUGGAGAGUCAGAUUAGCAAUUAUUGAAUAUAUACCUUUGUUAGCUGAACAAUUGGGAGUUUCAUUUUUCGAUGAAGAAUUGGGUGAUUUGGUAUUAUCAUGGUUAUGGGAUAGUGUUUAUUCAAUUAGAGAAGCUGCAGUUAAUAAUUUGGAACAAUUGGCCAAAAUUUUCGGAUCAAAAUGGGCAGAUGAAGAAAUUAUCUCAAGAAUAUUAAAAAGUGAUUCAAAUUCAUUAAACAAUUUUGUUUAUCGUAUAACUUCAUUAUUUACUUUAACAAGAUUAAUUCCAGUUGUUGAUGAAUCAAUUAUAAUUGAAAAAAUAUUACCAUUUAUUGAAUCUUUAGUAUCUGAUCAUGUUGCAAAUAUUAGAUUCAAUGUUGCAAAAUCUUAUCUUGUCAUUUCCAAAACUUUAUUACACAAAGAUGAAUCUUCAAAAUUAUCUAAAAAAGAACAAUCUGAAGCAAUUAAAUUUAUAAAUGAAAAAAUCAUACCAAAAAUUGAAAUUUUAAAGAAAGAUAAUGAUACUGAUGUUAGAUAUUUUGCUAAUCAAUCAUUAAAUGGUAUCAAUUCAUUAUUAGAAUCUACUGAAAAUUGA